UGUUGUGCAGGAGAGGAAGAUGGAAGUACGUGCGCGGCCACCGCCAAGUGGCUGCACUUUGCUGGAUUCAACUCGUGUCUCAGUUCUUCUGUUUGCGCGUGAACUCUCCGCGGAGGACACACACUACAGACGGCUUGCCAUGACGCAAUGGUCCAUCACGACGCGGCCAGCGGUGCCCGCCGACGCUUCCUUCAUCCUGGCGUGCACCAACGAAGCAUUCAUGGCGGACGCGUUCUUCAAGACGAAAGAGCACCACAAUCGAUACACGUUGGCCGAUGUCCAAGCCAUGUUGGUUGCACCCAACUCGAACUUCGUCGUCGCGGAGAUCACUGACCAUGACCAACACGACAGCGCCCGUUGCUGCGGCAGCAUAUACGUCAAGUGGGCCCAUCAUGCACAAACCAAUGUCGUCGUGGGUCAGUUCUCCAGCGUGAGCGUUCUACUCGAAUUUGAGCGGCGUGGAGUGGGCAGCCACCUCAUCCAGGCCGCUGAGCUCCUCGUUGCAACUUAUGCAAAGCACUUGUCAUCGACACCGCGCAUGGAAAUUAGCGUUGUAUCUGCCCGGAAGGACUUGUUCGGGUUCUACGAGCGCAAGGGGUAUCGAGUCACGGGCACUCCCGUUGAAAGCCCUGAGUUCUCCUUGAUGCUGAACGACACGCAUCAGCAUGUCCACUUGGUUGCCAUGGAAAAGGUGCUCCAACUCCACGAUGAAGGCCCAGCGGCCAUGUGAAAGGAAGAUCUCGAUUCAACGGCAAAUCCGAGCCACGAGUUUGUCGCCCUUUCCAAAAGACUUUGGAUGGUUUGGUGCGUUCAAUGUGUCGUUUUAACGAAGAU